GUUUUCGCUGAUGAUGAAAAUCGUGUUUAUGUUGGAAAUUUUCGCUAUAGCUUUCCUCGAAAAAAAUAAGAAAUAAGCCGCUUUAUGGUGGAUUUCGUCAAUUUAAAAAAAAAAGUCGUGUUUUUAAAAAUGGAGUGAAGUAAAUGUGAAAUACAAUAAACAUGCAAGUGUUGAAACGUGAAAAUUAAGGACUAUAGUUGAAAUUUUCAGUUCUAUGAUGUAGCGGCUGUCAUGAAGAGGAUAUCGAAAAGCACGUCGCUCAUUUAAGUAUGAAACAGCGUUUCUUGCAAAUGAAAACGAAAACAUUGUAGGCAAUAGUUUGUGUUUUUCGCCUCAAUUCAUUGGUUUGUUAGUGAAAGUGGUUAUUGACUAAGAAUGUAUUCCCAAUAUAGGGAUAAUUUCUGGAACAGAAUUAAAAUGAAGAACAUUGAAACAAACAAAGCUCACAACCAAGGAAAACAAUCGACAGGAGGUGAUCCUAUAGCCGAAUGGGAUUUAAGUCAAAUUGAGUUACAUGACGAUGGUAGUCCUAUGAAGAAUGUAAAUCCUGUAAUUGAUUUAGAGGAAGAAGAUGACAUUGAUAAGAGUAGUGCUCACGAAGAAGCACCCCUGAGUGGCUUCGAAACAUCCGUUGUACGGCCGCCUGCCAUGAGAAUAAUUCCCGCGACGGCACAUAAUUCCUCUGUCUUAGCCCCUCCUGUUCUGGUCAAUAACAAUCUGACUCGCAGACCGAUACAUGACUAUCGCGCAAUCUUCGGAGGGUCCUCAAGAGUGAUCCAACCACAUCCACAUUUACAGGAAACAUCGGUACCGGCUGGCAUUAUUUUUAAUCGCUCGUAUAAUAAAAAAGCUACACCGGUAAAGGCAAACUACUUCAGUGUGAUGAACACGCCGCCUACACCGGGGCAGCUAUCGGCAGCAAGUAUUUUUGGCGAAAAACCACUUCCCGGAACACAGCCAAAAAUCGUUAUGCAAUCAAACCACUACGAGAAAAAAAUAAUCCGCCGUUCUUUUGACAAAACACCGUCUACAACGCCGGCAAGUACUAGUCGACAAGAGAAAAAUAAAGGGCCAUACAAGUUGCUUGGUGUGAUUGAUUUAGAACCGGACUCGGAUUCGGAAGAAUCGAGUAUUUCUCAUACACUUUCCGCUGCAACCAACACGGCUGAAGAUAAACCUGGUAGCUUUAAAGAGGCCACGCCGACCAAAGCAGCGGUAUCUUUAAUGGAGAGUACACCAGUAACGACCGAAACUAAACAAUUAGACAAUGCGGAAGAAGAUGUUUUCACUAUUGAAAUCGAGGAAGAUGAAGAAUGGGUUGAGCACGAAGAGCAAGAAGAUACAGGAAUGGAAUUAUCCGAAUCGGCAGAGGAAACUCAGGCGCAGAAGGAAACUGUAACGGUGCCCAAUCCGGGUUUAUCGAGACCGUCCUCACCCGAAGAAACUGCUCCUGUUGAACAAUGUGUUUUAAGCGAUACGGAGGAAACGAGCUCGGACACUCAAAUAAAUCCGUCUACAUUAGCUAAUUCGUUUUGGGACGUAUCCAGCUCGGGAUGCAUGAAAAGAUCGAGUGAUAAAGAUAAUUCCUCUAAGAGCUCAGUCCAACAUACAGAGUUUGAGUUAUUGUUAGACAGAAUAAAUCAAGAAGUACCAGCAAUGUCACAACAAGAUCGUAUCGACCAUUGGCGCGUAACACAAGAUGAUCUACUGUAUUCGAUUCCAACCGUAGCUGAAAUUGAAACUGGCGCUUCGAUUAAAAGACCCAUGGAUGAUCCUAUUAAUAUUUCGAGUGGCGAUAGCAGCACUGAUUCAGAAACAAGUGAUAGCCCUAGCUUAUUAAGACUCAAGCAGCAGAAAAAAGCGAAUUUCAAGAAGCGACGUAUGGGAGAAGCGGCUCCGUCAGGAGAUCGAUCUUCGCCUUCAUUACACUUAGGUGAAGAGUUGGAUUUUCGGAGGAGCCAAAUUAAUCCCGAAAUUGAUAAAAGCUUAAUUCAGGUUCGUAAGAAUUAUUACAAAUUUCCAACGCGUUUCGAUCGAUUGGCGACGGAUGAAAAUCAAUCUUCAGAGGAAAAACAGCAUAUAGACCCUUAUGCGAGGUUUCUUGACAGUGAAAAAGAAGCUUUCACCAGCUUUUUACGUCGCAAUCCGGCAUAUCGUCCGCAUCUUUUAACAAAGCAACGUUGUCCUUCAGGAAUGAUUGACGAAAACAAAGUAGCCGUCGUAAUGUUAUCGCCAGUCAAACUUCAAAGACAAAACGAACCGAAUACGGACAACCCGCGAACACAGCAGCCUGACCGUCCUGAGUCAGCUGAUCGUGUGUCUCGAUACAAUAAAAAUCACCGAUCCGCUUCCAUUGGGAAGACGCUACGUUAUAAAGUGCGAAAACCUCAGCUCAAGAAAAAACCUAUAGUUGUGCUUCGUUCAAAUUUGCGUAGCUAUCGACGAUUGAUAAUGAAAAACUCUCUUCGCAAUGGAAAAGUUCGAAGAAAGUCGUCAUUUGUAAAUCUAAUUGCUAGUGCGAAGCAAAAACGAAGAAAGCAAACUUCCGCGCCUCAAACAAAAUCAAACAAAACUAACAAAUUAAAACAAGAAAACACCAACAAGGAGUCUAAAGCAACUGCCAGUCAUCCGGAAGAACCUCCAAAAAAGGAAGUGCUUGUUAAAAAGAAUCCAGUUAAUAAAGCUGGCAGAGUGUCGAUCGACAGCGCGGUUAGUAGUUCGACUUCGGCUGAACACAAAAAACAGCGAGAAGAUGGUCCACACAUCGAGCCGACUAAGGUGCCGACCGAAAUACGCACCAUGAAGAAUCCGCUAUCUCGUGCAAAUGGAGAAGUGUUGGUAGCAUUCUUCGAGGGUAACAAGCUGAUUGUUGUUCAGCAAGAGAUGGUUAGUUUUUGGGAAUGCUCCAAGUUAUCGGCACUGCUUGGCCUCAAGCAGGAACUGCAGUUGAUCGGGCAGAUAAAACGUGCCCAGGCAGAUUAUCAAAUCGAACCAUCGAGUUCACAACGAUUGGGCUUCAAUGACGACGAUCCAUUCUAUUUAGAGGUACGGGCGAGAUGCUUAGACGAGGACCAAUCCCGCAUAUGCCCGCUAGCAUCGAUUUAUGUAAAUCAUUACUUCGCAAGUGAAACUGAGGACGAUAAAGAUCCGCAACCCUGUGUUCGGAUGAAAUCUCUGCAGUUGGAUAGUAUUAGAAGUGAACUCUCUAAUAUACUGUUCAUUCCGCUGCCUCGAUCGCGCUAUUUCAUAGUCUGUUGGCACGAGCAAUUGUCGGAAACAGACCAUCGUACUGGAUUAUGCAAAUACAGCUUGACCCCGGAUCUGGAAAUGCUAGCCAGCAUUAGAGAAUUCCCGAGUAUAACACAGAAAAUUCAUGCACUCAGGUGUAUGGACAAUAAUCGACUGAUGGGACUGGGAGGCUCUAUGGUUGCCAUAUGGAGCUACGAUGACGGAUGUCUGAUGUUCACGGUGGAUUUGAAAAUCGAAAUUCAGAUGCCACUGGCGGCUUUCAUUCAUACCGAAAAUAAUGAUAGAGCACUAUUUAUUGUACAGUUGUGUGCCUCCCCUAGUGGCAAUCCAAAAUGCAAGCUUAUUAAAGCUAUAGCGAUAAAUAUGAGUAAGCGUACUUGGCAUCAGGUGUUCGAUUAUGAGGUGGCUUUGGAAUCCAUGAGUAUACUAUGCGAGUCCGUCAGCCCGAAUGCAACUGGUCUGCACUGUACGACGUUCGAGAACGGCGAAUUACUGGCGAUCAGCUUGGAAGAUCUCACAACCUGUUUUACCAACCACAAACGACUGCAUAGUGCGGACGAGCGGCGCGUAACCAGGGAUAUUCUUGCCAUGCGAGAAAAAAUCUUUCUCGGUCCAUGCGACGGUCGGCAGCUUCUAUUAGUAAGUGAUAAAAGCAUCAAACUGAAAACAAUCGACGAGUACUCGCUAGGAUGCAGGUAGGUUGUUUUCUAUCAUUGCAAGAUAGUCAGAACAAUUGCGUUAUAAUUGUUCAUAAGAUUGUAAUAGAUGUAUUAAUUGUUGAUUGCAAGCAAGAGCCACGUUCAUUUAACGCUUACAAACUAUAGCUAGCGAACUGUCCGUUCAUUAUUACUAUCACCUUUUGUGUGGUUAUUCUUUUAAAAUUAGCUUCGGAGCAAUACAUUUUUGUAGUGUUUUGUUCCAUCAACAUUUGUGCAGGUAUCCAACCGGUUCCUUUCUUUGUUUACAUUUAUGAGUUUUAGUUGAAAGAAGUUUGCAGAUUCAAGCGCUUCGUUCAAAUAUUUCAGGAUUCAACAAGAGAAGUAAACAUCUAGGCUCUAAUGUAUCAGCGCUUAUUUGUAACAUUUUGAAACAUUUUAUUUUGUUAAGGAAGACGUGCAACACUAUCGUUAGAAGUAGUUUUCGACUAUUGCCCAACUAUUUAUGUAAAGCUGAGAAUAAUUAAGAGAGUCUUAAUUUGAUUGUGAAAUAAAGAUACACUUGAAACAAACUAU